GGCGUAGCAAAGGUGGGACUGAGACACAGUGCUGAUUAGAGGAGGGCUGUGAAGAAAGAAAAAAAAACCCACCUACCACUACCUCCACACCUUUCCACGGCUGCCGCAGCGUUCCGUCGCAGGUGAAACAAAACCAUGGAUCCGGAUUAUUUCAAAUCUCACGAGAUGUGCUGGGGUACCCUCGGAACCGUGCGGCCCUUCUCCAACUUCCACCCCGACAGAGAUGUGGUGGAGAUCCAAGCAGCGCUGGACAAGAAAGAUGCGUUGACCCUGGUGAGGAUCCUGACCAAUCGGAGCAACGCUCAGAGACAAGUGAUUGCCAAGACUUUUGGGGAGACAACGCAAAAGGACCUGGCUGCCGGCGUGAAAAAAGCUCUGGCUGGAGACCUGGAGGUUCUGCUGCUCGACCUGCUGAUGCCUUCUCUGCAGUAUGAGGCUCACCGCCUGCAACAGGCCAUGGCGGGUUUAGGCACCGAUGAGGAGACACUGAUGGAGAUCCUGUGCACACGCUCUGGAGAGCAGCUUCAAGAAAUCAGCGCGGCGUACAAACAAUUGUACAAGAAGGACCUGGAGAAGGAACUGAAGGGAGAAACCAGUGGAGACUUUGAAAAGCUCGUCCUGGCUUUGCUAAAUAAAGAAAAUGUCGCCGGUAGUGUUCAGAGAGAUAUUACGUCUCUCUUGGCGUCACUAAAUGGGAAAAAAGCAGAUGCAGGACCGUGGAUCAACAUACUGACGUCCAGAGACUCUGACCAUCUCAACAAUGUGUUGAUGGGCCUGGAGCUGGAGAGCGGACAGAUGGUGGAAGAGGCGGUGGAGAAGCGAUUCGCGGGAGACCUGCGACUGGGUUUAAAGGUUUUGGUGGAGUGCAUUCAGAGCCCUGAUGUCUACCUCGCUAGGAGACUCACCACACUGAAGACAUCCACAGUGCAGGGCAUCAUGGUGUCCCACUCUGAGGAAGAUCUGCUGUGCAUCCGCGUCGCCUACCUCAAACUAACAGGCACCUCUCUCUACACUGCUCUGCAGAAAGAGUUCAAAGGAGAUCAUCUACAGGCGCUGCUCGCCAUCUGCCGUUCUGAAGAUUAAACAAAAGCUGCACAUUUUUAAUUUGCAUAAGUUUUUGUUCAUUUAUUUAGUUUUCCUUUUUUGCCAUGUAUGAUCAUGUAUCGUGUAAUAAAUGUUAUGCUGCAGAGCUCUUGCAUUCAGCCCUGCUUUGCAUAUGUUUUUGUUUCCGUGACGUAAUGGCCAACACAUGCAGCUAAACAUAACAAAGUUUAUAGGUGCAGAUUGGGUAUUUGUUUUUAUUACUCCUCAAAUCAACCGUAAUACUUCCUCUUCACCCUGAUGUUGUAUCUACGUACAUACAGUAUUUUUUGUAAAUGGUGCGGUCAUACUUCCACUAAAUGGUUUAUGGAUUAAAAAAAACAAUGUCAGCCUUUA